AUGACUUACUCUCUCUCUAAACGCAGAAGACAAUCAGAAAAACGAGCCGAUUCCAUAGCACUUAGUAAAUUCUUCACACCACGUCAUAUACACUUAUGGCUAAGAAUAAUACAUAGUAUAUAUCCUGUGGAUGACGAAUUGGUACAGGCAUUGAACGGAGCUUAUACUGACAAGAACUGGAUUGAACAUCGAAUAGCUGUGAGGGAUGGGGCUAAAGAGGUCAGAGAAUGGUCAAAAGAUGAAACGAGUUUUGUGGAAAGCUUCUUAAAAUAUGAACCUUCACCACCAUUAUUUCAUGCUCUUGCUGCAAUAAUUUAUAGAUCUCCAACUCUAGUAAUGGAAAAAUGGCAAUCACUCUCAUCCUCUUCAUCUUCCCGCAAACUUCCGUUGUCCACAGAAAAGUCUGCGUCAAUCCUAGCUUCCAACCCACAUAAGCGCCGAUCGUCAAAUGAACCAAAGAAGGGCAAAGCUAAGAAGAAAGAACCGCUAUCGUCAGCGGUAAUGGAAAAUAUUCAUUCUCUGCAGACAGAGAUUAUCAAACAAAUAGAAUCUCUUCCCCUUGUGGACGAGACCUUUCGAGAAAUGUGGGAUCCUAGUGUAGAGACUGUGGCGCAUGAUCAGCCAUUAUUUGAUAUUGUUAACGAUAUUGACGAUGAAAAAUUGCUGUGGUUAGAGGUUAUUGAGAAGAGUGUUGUUCAUUUUGAUGUAGAUGAGCCAGAUCCGCAGUCUACGAUCAUAUGUGAUUGUCAAAAAAAUUGCGCGAAUUGGGAAGAUUGUGUAUGUAGAGCAGAGGAUACAGGUGGUUAUCCAUUCACGAAUGGUCGAUUAACAGACGUCAAAUUCCGUGGUCCAGUAUAUGAAUGUGGGUCAUCGUGCCCUUGUGGAGAAGACUGUUCUAAUCGAUUCAUACAAAACUCAAAAACGUGGCCGCAUUUACAGAUAUAUAAAACACGAAGUAAAGGAUGGGGAGUAAGAACGACUAAGCCAAUACCGAAAGGUCAAUUUGUGGCCGAAUAUGUUGGGGAGCUUAUUAGUGCCGAGACAGCGAAUUUAAGAGCGGGUUUUUAUAAUAUAUUGCAUCACGUUUACUGGUUUGAUUUGGAUUUUGGAGUCGAGAACGACAGAGACCCGACUAUGUUAAGCUCGUUUGAUAAUUAG